GGGAGAAGGCUAACCAAUCAGCGUUCAGGACAGACGAGGCAGGGGCGGCUGAGUCUGGAGCCGACGCUGCCGGCUUCCUAGCUUCUCUGUCAGGGUUGCCCGGCGUGCGAAGGCGGCGGAGGCGGGAAGGCGGCAGUGGUUGAAGGAGCGGUUGCUGGUCUAGCCGGGAGGAGGUCGCGGGGUGUGGACAACGAUGGUGAUGGCGGCCAAAAAGGGUCCAGGUCCUGGUGGCGGGGUUGGCGGAGGAAAGGCGGAGGCGGAGGCGGCCUCGGAGGUGUGGUGCCGCCGGGUGCGGGAGCUGGGCGGCUGCAGCCAGGCCGGGAACCGCCACUGCUUCGAAUGCGCCCAGCGCGGGGUCACCUACGUGGAUAUCACCGUGGGCAGCUUCGUGUGCACCACCUGCUCCGGCCUCCUGAGAGGCCUGAACCCCCCUCAUGUCUGCAGGAAGAUCUGGCUAGGUCUUUUUGAUGCUCGGACAUCUUUAAUACCAGAUUCCAGGGAUCCCCAGAAGGUGAAGGAGUUUCUCCAGGAAAAAUAUGAAAAGAAAAGAUGGUACGUCCCCCCAGACCAAGUCAAGGGACCCGCUUAUACCAAAGGCAGUGUCUCCACUCCUGUCCAGGGCUCCAUGCCAGAAGGGAAGCCGCAGAGGACACUUCUGGGGGACCCUGUGCCAUCUGUCACAGAUGCUGCUGCCUCCUCAAGCCAGUUUGUCAGUCAGUCUCAGGCUCGGACAGCCCAGGCCCGGAGCUCCCAGCCUCCUCCCCUCUCCUCUGCCAAGAAAGCCAGCACCGAUCUGCUGGCUGACAUCGGUGGAGACCCCUUUGCUGCUCCGCAGGCAACACCAUCUUUUGCUGUCUUCCCAGCCUUUGCAGGCCAGACACCUUCCCGUGGGGGCUUUGCCAACUUUGAUGCCUUCGGCAGCAGUCCCAGCUCUUCUGCCUUUGGAAGCCUCCCUCCUGCAGGCCAAGCCCCCUUCCAGGCCCAGCCAGGGCCCGCAGCCAGUCGGAUGCUAACUGGAAGUUACAGCUUUGGAAGCAGCCAGGUGACUCCGUUUGGUGCUGCUCCACUUGCAGCUGCCAGUCAGCCCAGCAGCCUCACAGAUGUGGGCAGCCUCUUGGGACCCGGGGUGUCAGCUGGAGGUGCCCCUGGCAGCAUCUUCGGGAUGGCCGGCCAGGUCCCCGUGCUCCAGUCUGCCACGCCUGGUGGCGGCAGCACAGGACUUACCUUUGGAGCCUUCACCAAUCCUUUCGCCAGCCCUGCAGCCCAGCCCCGGCUACCUUCCACCAACCCGUUCCACCCCAAUGGUCUGGCCCCAGGGCCUGGGUUUGGGAUGAGCAGUGCCGGGCCUGGCUUUGCCCAGCCAGUGCCACCCUCUGGGGCCUUUGCCAGCACCUUCACCUCUCCACUGUUCCCACCGCAGACCUCGCUGACUCCGCAGCGGAAUGGCUCUUCCUUUGGGGACUUGGGAUCCACCAGGCUGGUGCAAAGGCCACUCAGCCAGCCAGCUGGGAUCUCUACCAACCCCUUCAUGACUGGAUCCUCACCAAGCCCAUUUGCCUCCAAAUCUCCAACUACCAACCCGUUCUUGUAGCCCUGUGCCCUGAUGGGGCCUCGUCCCCAUUUUCUGGGACCCCAUAGUGCCUUGGGCAUUUCCGUGGGUCUGAGACCAGAAUGAGCCUGGUUACAAGCAGGGGUCCCAAGGAUGGUGGAGGUGCUCAUGCUUUGCUGGGGGCUUCCAGACGACUCAGAGCCUUGGGUCAGCAGCCCAGGGGCUUCCUCCCUUCUCCAGCCCCCCCACCCAAGGGGCCCUGGGAGGCGGGCAGGUAGGGCUAGCCCGCAGAACCGAUGGCAGUAUAUUUUUCAAAUUACCACUUAUGCAGACAACCCUCCUCUCCUGCCCUCGGCACACACAGCGGUGCCCUCACUUCCAGACCCUCUGGGGGCAGAGGAAGGUGUCCCCUCCCAGCUUUCGAACACUGUGCUCCUCCCGGACAGGCACAGCAGGGAGAGGCGGGUAAAGAUGAGGAGUGUGGCCUGGGGUGGUAACCAGAGAGCCCUGGGACUGAAAAGGCCUGGGUUUCCCCCUAGGUCCCACCUGCUUUUCUCCACCUCCAUUGUUCUACUCCCCCAGCACCUCCAUUGUGGCACUGGGUUACAUAGUUUUAUCUGCAUAUAUACACAUGCCUGACUCCUGUCGAGCACUUUAGUUACCUGUCAGUGUCAUGUUUGGAUACCAGUGUUUUAUAUUUAUACAUAGAGAGAAUUUUCUAAUAUAGCCUAUCAUAGAAAAAAUAUAUAUAUAUAUAUGCACAUACGUACAUAUACAUGCGCCCACCCCCAGCCCUUCUCCCUUGCCCUGUAACCGGAAUGGGGUGAACCCCAUCUGUGCCUGGACCAUCAAAGCCAGAGCCCAGGAGAUGGGGAGGCAGCCAUGUGUCUUGACCACCCCAGAGCCAGGGCUUUCCAGGGAAAGGCUUUGUGCAAUUGGCUGGGGAUUCUUUUUCUUUUUCAUUUUUUUUUUUCCCCCAUGGGCCUCCCUCCCUGCUCUCCAAUCUGUGCACCAAAGCUUGUUUGCAGGCAAAGUUGGGAAAGAACUGCAUUUGAAAGAAAAA